GAAAAAAAGAAAUUCUUGAUAAAACAAAAAAAGUGAGAGCGGGACAACUUUAAGCCCAAUACAACAUACGGCGAUUCAACCAUUCAUCAUUGAGAAUUCAGCUUUGUUUUAUUGAAAAAGCAACAAGUUAGUCAACGUCUGUCUUGCAGCCGGUCAAAUAUAGACAAAUGAGUUCUUAAGAGGAGAACGAUAAACGUGGCACAGCAACUAUUGACCGUUAAUGGUCAUCAUACUUUCGCCUGGUGUAAUUGGCCCUCUCCUACUAGUGACCAGAUAGCAAAAAUUUAAGACAACUCAAAAUGUUAGCCCGAUGUUAUUAUCGUAUGCUCAUAAGCCUAGUGUUUCUUUUGGUGUUGCCUACAACGUGCUUGGGCUUGCUGGAAGGAUUAUAUUGUGGCAAACAAAACUGUUACGAUGUCUUGGGAGUAACACGUGAAUCAACCAAAUCGGAUAUUGGCAAGGCAUAUCGCAUAUUGGCCCGGAAGCAUCAUCCUGAUUUGCAUCGAACUGAGGAGGCGAAAAAAGAAGCCGAAAUACAAUUCAAAGCCAUAGCAACUGCCUAUGAAAUCUUAAAGGAUGAUGAAUCUCGUACAGAUUACGAUUACAUGUUGGACAAUCCUGAUGAAUAUUAUGCCCAUUACUAUCGCUACUAUCGUCGAAGAGUGGCACCCAAGGUGGAUGUGAGAAUUGUGAUUGUGGUCACUCUCACCAUUAUCUCUGUGAUUCAGUACUAUUCGGGCUGGCAGCGUUACGAUUCGGCUAUUAAAUAUUUUGCCACAGUGCCCAAGUAUCGCAACAAAGCUUUGGAAAUUGCCAAAGAUGAAAUCAACGAAAAGGUCAACAGCCGCAAGGGCAAGAAUCGUCUCACGAAGGCCGACCAAAAGGAGGAAAUCGAAAAGAUCAUAAUAAAGGUCAUCGAAGAGAAAAUGGAUGUAAAAGGUGCUUAUGCGAAACCAACUGUUUGGGAUGUUCUUUGGGUGCAAAUCAUAAUCUCGCCAUAUACGCUUGCCAAAUGGCUAUGUUGGAAUGUCAGCUGGAUAUGGAGGUUUAACAUAUGCAAACAGCCAUACGGGCGAGAAGAAAAGUUGUAUUUGAUCCGCCGUUACAUGAAAAUGGGCGAGCACCAGUUCAACUCUCAGGAAGACAAGCAAAUAGAAGAGUUCCUGCGACUAGAACUGUGGGACAAGGACAAUUUUGAAGUGUGGCGCUUGCAGGAGGAAGAGGAAAUGAAAAAGAAAAUGGCUGAGAACCCUCGCUACAAAUCCUAUCGACGCUAUAUGAAAAAUCAUGGUCCUGGUCGAAUGACAUUCGAAGAUUAAAUAGCGGGGAAUACAGGAGUGCCGAAUUUUUUAAGUUUAAUUUAAAUGUCUAUGCAUUAUUGUGUAUUUUAAUUUGUUUAAAUGGUAAGACAAGCGUUUUUAUUAAAUAUAAUUUAGUACUAA